AUGGGGAACGUCGGAAUAACCGGCGUUGCAUUGGGCGCGAAAAUCUGCGAGGUUUACCAGCAACUAGUGGCGUCGAAACUUCGAAUCUUCAAGCCCCUGAGAAGACUCUACAACCCUCCUUCUCGCUUCGUUUGGUACCGCGCGAAGUGCAUCAUCCAGAGAAGUCGUGAAGUUUCCGCAAGAUACAGAGCGGAAGAGCAGAGCCACGAGGGCCCGCCGGAAGAGCUGAAGAAGAGGGAUCUCGGGCCGGGCGACUGCCGAGAGUUGUUGCCCAGUCCCGGCGAGGGGGCGGACAUCGGGCCCGGAUGCUCGCGAAGACAAGACGCCGGAAGCGCUGCCACGUUGGAAGGGAAAAUAUUGACGGCCGUCAACAAGUUCCUUACAACGUCCCCUUUGGUUAACAAGGUCAAGUUGCUGAUGAAUACCCUGAAUUUUUCAUCGCGCUGGACGACGCUUGGAUUACCCUUCGCGAGUUUUGUCUUUCGGACGAGACAGAGCAGCGGCGCGGUAGGAAACGGCGCGGAGGGACAUGAGAGCACCAGCCCUUUGGACUGUACCCCGCGGGCGUCGAUGACGAUGGCCGUGACAACGUCUGCGCUACCUAUGCAGCCGAUCUACGUUUCUGCGGGAUCGUGCUCCGCUGCCGACGUCCCUACGAAUCUGCAACGCCGGCGACUAUGGCAACUGCAGCAGGAACCACAAGAAUUAUCCCUAACACGGCCGACGGACACGGCCGCGUCCUCGUCGUCCAUCCUUGACGAGCCUGUUAGAACCCCUCUCUCCACGAACGUUCUCCUGUCCCUGCCGGCUUCACCGAAACGAUCGUCGGCGAGCCACUCUUCGUCCAGCAAGACGCCUAUAUCGAAAUCGCAGAUGAAAGAAUUCAGGGAGGCCUUCAGGCUGUUUGACAAGGACGGCGAUGGAACUAUCACGAAAGAAGAACUCGGCAGGGUUAUGCGUUCCUUGGGACAAUUUGCGAGAGCGGAGGAGUUGAGAACGAUGUUGCAGGAAAUCGACAUUGACGGUGAUGGAAACGUCAGCUUCGAGGAGUUCGUCGAAAUCGUCAGCAAUAUCGGCGGCGCGAGCACGGCAGCGCCCACAGAUCAACAUCAGGAAGAGCAGGAAUUGCGAGACGCCUUUCGGGUGUUCGACAAACAUAAUCGUGGGUACAUCACUGCGUCGGACCUUAGGGCGGUGCUGCAGUGUCUGGGAGAGGAUCUUUCUGAGGAAGAGAAAUUCGUUCACGCUCUCGGCGAGCCGGGAAUCGACGAAGACGAAGAGGACGACGACGAGGAUCUGCAAUCUCCGCUCUUCUAA